UUUUGACGUCUUUUUGGCGCUAUAAAAGACUCUUACCGUCUUUUUAUGCAUAUGGAAGGGCCUUCUACACCACCUGAGCAAAUUCAACGGCUUCCUCCUACACCACCAACACCUUUUUAUACAUCUUCUCGUAAUAAUUUAAUAUGUCCUUUAGAGAAACAAAAAUACACAAAAAGACUAUCCUCAUGGCUAGAAACACCAUGUCCUGUUGCUAAGGAUGUACUUCUAAGUCCAAAAAAGACUCCACAGAACAUUUUUGAGAAAAAAGAGGAAAAAUGUAUAAAUCAGAUAAAAAGUACAUUUUUGUCAAGAAAUAUAUCUAAAAAGAGGGAAAAAAAAUGUAAUAAAGAUGAUUCUGUCGAAAAAAUGUUUUUUUAUGAUGAAAAAAACCCUUUUUUUUUGAAAAGUAAAGAAAUAUUUAAUACGGAAAAAGAACCAAUAAAAAAGCUAAAUAAAACACACAAUCCAGAGGGAUUUUCAUUUUUAUUUCGGGGUAAAAAAAUUCUACAACCUUUUACAGACGAUGCAUAUGAUUUAAAACCUAAACAGCUUUUUGCAGAGAUGUUAUCUUCAUUGAAUACCACAAUUGAUGAAAUGAAUGAUGAAUUUACACCAAGCAAACGAAAAAGACGGAAAAAUAAUUUAGACAGAUUAAAUAGAACGUAA